UGUGUCUACAGUCUUUCUUUGUGAACGCGUUGGACCGGGUGAAUUUAGCAUGAAAGUGAAUUUGUGCAGAACUAUAACUUCGAAAAGAAAAGUAGUUUGAAUACAUUGAAACCUGGCAUCGCAAACAAAAAUCAUUAUAUUACAUUCUUAGUUCUUUGCCUGAACUUAUGAUCGCCGCAAAAACUAAAACAAACGGGGUGAAGGCGUUUCUAGCAUAUUGUUUACAUGUGGAGAAUAAACUCAUGUCGAACUAGUAACAUUACUUUACUGUGUGCGUACAGAACAGCAUUGAAACGUGGUUGGCCUUGAAUCAACAUGACGUGCAGCGCGCGCAUUCUAAUUGUAUACAAUAUCUUGAAAGUUUCAGUAGCUGUUAGAUUUUCAUUCAUAUAGUUACCUUAUGUUGAUGAAUAAACUAUAAACAAUGAAACGUGUAUAGCUUGAGUGAUUCCAUGAAAGCUGUAUCGAAUGAUCAACCAAGAUAGCUUUAUUUAUCAACUUAAUGAUAAGAUAACAAUGAUUCGAGAAUCAUUAAAGGGGAGACACAGUUAUAUAGCAAGAAUCAACACAUAGAAAGAAACCCGCAAGAGAUAUGAGGCACAUGCGUUAUCUAAGGUGGAACGGUGCGCUAUCGAAUUUGGCGUCGGAACUUAAAGAGUUCCAUUAUUUCCAACGGCGUAGUGUUGGACGCAUCGAUUUUCCACAUCUAGUGUUUCUAAUUAUGGAAAAGUAAACCAAAAUUACAACAAAGUUUUUAUGAUUUAAGUGAAGCAUUCCGGCGCUUAAAGUGAAAUCUGUGACUGCCAGUUCAAAUUGUCCUGGAUUGGGUGUGUCAUAUCUAUCGAUAUCUUUGCGUAAAGUGUUAUUUAAGUAACUUUACUGACAAUAAGUACUAAUAAAAAUGAUGAAUGCAGCACGACAAAAACUUUAUUUUAACAUGGUGCUAAUACUAACCACAGGUACAUUAUUAAAAGAAGAUACUUCCGGAUUCGUACAUGCUGCUGACAUAGGAGAUGAGCCCAGAAAUGAUGCAAAUUACACUAAGACACCCACUUCGGCGGCAUCAAAACUCUGUGAGAGCUGUAAUUGUAUCAAAGACAAAGGUGUGUUUGACUGUACCAGUAAGCAAAUUGGAGCAACAUUAUUCCCUCUAGAAGACUGGCAAUCGCUGAACACAAAUGGAUUAGACGCGAAGUUGGUAUUUCUUGUAUCCACUGGCCUGAAAGAAAUCACUCACUUUCCUUCCAUGAAUGUAACAUGGUUAGAUUUGAGCCACAAUGAGAUUGCGACAAUGAAAACUGGCUGUUUUGCGAAUUUAACGCUGCUGCAGGUGCUAGAUCUAUCGCAUAAUAGAUUGAAGAGUGAAUCACUUAAUCCAGACGUUUUCGCUGGACAUUAUUCAACAAACGAAUACAUGCCAUUAUCAAAACUACGUGUGUUACGUCUUGGCGCAAACGAUUUACAUUCACUGAACCCAGAUUUAUUUGAACAUCUCCCUGCAUUAGAAGAACUAAGUCUCGAGUUGAAUCCAUUCAAAGUAAUAGACCAACAGUCGGAAAUUGCCAUCGCCAGUAUCGAGCGCCUGGUCAGUCUUGACCUUAGCUAUAUGGAACUUGAAGAUAUCCCAAAGUAUCUAUUCCACACACCGCGCGGACUUCGAUAUCUUAAUCUAACUGGAAACUUACUUCAGGAGGUUCCAGCUGCGUUGUCGUAUGCUACCGCCUUAGCAUGGCUUAGUCUUGACGAAAAUCCAAUAAGUUCUAUCGUGGUAGGCACCGAAUUCCCAUCAUUGAAACAACUGACUUUUCUCAGCCUAUCCUAUAUGAGUCAACUGAAAGUGAUCGGUCGUGGAGCUUUCAGCGGACUAGAAUCGCUACAAGAAGUACAUAUUACAAAUAACCCGCAUCUAACCUAUCUUCAUGGACAUGCGUUUGUGCGUAAUGAUACUGAUAACCCAGAACGCCUUGAUUGGCCACCGGUCAAGCGUUUAUACCUUCACAACAAUAAUAUAUCAUAUCUCGACGCUCAACUGCUUGUUCAAUGGGACACAAUGGAUGUGAUCGACAUUCGUGCAAACCCGUGGACAUGCGAUUGCACAAAUCGAUGGGUGCUACUUUCAUUAUUGCCUAUUAUCGAACGAACAACACCGGCGAUCCUAAACAAUAUUGACUGCAAAAGUCCUUCGCAGAUGGCAGGAUUGUCUAUGGUAGAUUUAGAGCACAAGCAAACACAUCUACGAUGCCCCGAUGAAGCUGGUAAUAAUCCUUCAAAUGACGGGGCACUUCUUAUGGGAUUGCUGAUAGGUGUUCUCUUAGCGAUUCCAUUAACUGCCGCGAUAUGGUGUGUAUACAAACGCGGUUGUUUUGGACUAUUCGGUAGUGGGACCCCUGCAGCUUAUUCGCGUGCGUUCUACAGUCGGACUACACUCAACGAGGAAUUUUAGAGUAGAACAUAAGGAGAGAGGAAAGAGACGAAACCAAACUGACUUCAUUACUUAAUAUCAUAUGCCAUAACAAUUAUAUUUGUAUAUUUUUUCACUCCCCGUAUUCAUAGAAAUCGUUUAAUUCGUGAAAUUAGAUAAAAUAAAUCCCCAAUUCUGCUAUUUAACAGUGA